UUAACCUCCACACAGUGCCGGACGGGAAAUAACUUAAAACACGUUUUAUUUUUUAAAGUUCCUGCGAAUUACACGUCCCCGGGCUCAGUAUCACCCCUAACGACGACGCCGAAGUGUUUUAUUCUACUUUCUGAUCCUCGGCGGAGCGCAAACAGAGAGGAGUUACCAAAGUCCCAGACACGCUCCAGCGAUGGUGACUUUACGCACGGGAUUUGAAGGCUGUUUGAACUGACUCCUCUUGUUUUGGUCUCAACGCUGAACCUCUUUUGUCAUAGCCCGCAAGAGUUCUGAAGUUUUCCAGACACACGCAGCCUAAGAAGUGAAUCCAGGUGACGUUCAUGAAUUUUAAAGUCGUCCACAAGUGAGAAGAGGGUGUUGGAGUUGAAGUCUCUUAUUUCUAAUGAUGUCUUCCAUGCGAGCAACGCCUCCCUUUCACCCACCGUCUGAAGAAGAGGAACCGAUGGGUCAGGACAAUGUGGCCUGGCCCAGUGACGAGCGAGACGGCCCAAAGGAGACGCCGUCGCCCUCUUCGCAUGAGCGGCCCCACCCGGACGAGCUGCAGCCACUCAGAGAGAAGCUGACGGAUGCUGAGUGGGAGAACGCGGUGCCUGCUGCGAUGGACAAUGAGAGCAGUAAGGGCUGCUCAGUCUACUCCUACCGGACUAACUCUACCUCUCCACCCAAGCCAGAAGAGUGUUCCAGGGAUCGCGGGGAGCCAAUGACCGGCCUCGCCUUUGGGACGCCAGAGCGCCGCAAAGGAAGCCUGGCAGACGUGGUGGACACACUGAAACAGAAGAAACUCGUAGAGCUGACCAAGACAGAACAAGACGAACCAACUUGCAUGGAGAGGCUCCUCUCCAAGGAGUGGAAGGAGCGUGUUGACCGCCUGAAUGCCAACGAACUGCUAGGGGAGGUCAAAGGUACACCAGAGUCACUGGAGGAGAAGGAGCACCAGCUUUCCACCAUGAUUGGUCAGCUGAUCAGUCUGAGGGAGCAACUCCUCUCUGCCCAUGACGAGCAGAAAAAGAUGGCGGCCUCACAGCUGGAGAAGCAGAGACAACAGAUGGAGCUGGCCAGGCAGCAGCAGGAGCAGAUUGCCAGACAACAGCAGCAGCUCCUGCAGCAGCAGCACAAGAUAAACAUUCUCCAACAACAGAUCCAGGUCCAGGGUCACAUGCCUCCUAUGAUGAUCCCAGUGUUUCCUCACGACCAGCGGUCUCUGGCUGCUGCCGCUGCUGCACAGCAGGGCUUCCUCUUCCCACCGGGCAUGUCCUACAAGCCAGGUGAGAAUUACCCCAUGCAGUUCAUUCCAUCGACAAUGGCAGCUGCAGCAGCGUCUGGACUCAGCCCGUUACAACUACAGCAGCUGUAUGCCGCCCAGCUGGCAAGCAUGCAGAUCUCACCAGGAGCCAAGAUGGCUUCCCUCCCGCAGGCUCCCAACUCCUCUGGUCCCCUCUCCCCCUCGGCCCUGAAGAGCGAGAAACGAGCAUCCAGUCCUGUCUCUCACAUUAAGGAGGAAGGAUCCACGCAGCCAUUGAACCUCUCAGCCAGACCCAAGACAGCCGAGCCUCUUCGCUCCCCAACGUCUCCAUCUCAGAGUCUCUUCUCCGGAAACAAGACCAGCCCUACAGGCAUGGGCAAGGGCCGCAUCCCAAGCCCCAUCUCCAACAUGGGCAGGAACACCUCUUUGGACAUCCUGUCUAGCCUCAACUCCACAGCUCUUUUUGGGGACCAGGACGCGGUGAUGAAGGCCAUCCAAGAGGCCAGGAGCAUGAGGGAGCAGAUCCAGAGGGAGCAGCUCCACCAGCAGCAGCAGCAGCAGUCGGGACACCACAGUCUGGAGGCCAAACUGUCAGCCCUCAGCAGCAUGAGCCUCAACAACGGCAACAAGGAGCGACUGCACUAUGAGACACUGGGCCAGCACCUGGGGAAGCUCGGGGACGAUGCUGGGAAGAUGGUCCAUCGAGUCAUUGACCUGACGAGACCAGAAGAUCUGGAUGGUUUCCUCUUCUUCAACCACUCCUCUCAUGGGAGUAACAUCACAGAGGCGCGAGUGUUCAGGGAGGCGCGGGGAAGGAACAGUGCUGAGCCCCACAUCAAGAGGCCCAUGAACGCCUUCAUGGUGUGGGCCAAAGACGAGAGGAGGAAGAUCCUGCAGACCUUUCCCGACAUGCACAACUCCAACAUCAGCAAGAUCCUUGGCUCUCGCUGGAAAUCCAUGACCAAUCAGGAGAAGCAGCCAUACUAUGAGGAGCAGGCCCGCCUGAGCAAGAUCCAUUUGGAGAAAUAUCCCAACUACAAGUACAAACCGCGGCCCAAGAGAACCUGCAUCAUUGACGGCAAGAAGCUGCGCAUCGGAGAGUACAAGCAGAUGAUGCGGUCACGGCGUCAGGAGAUGAGGCAGUUCUUUGUUGGCCCUCAACCACCGAUGCCUCUUGGCAACAGCCCAGGUGGAGUCGGCGUUUACCCGGGUGCCAUAACCAUGGCAACAACAGCCACACCAUCCCCACACUUGACCUCAGACUGCUCCAGCAACUCCGCAAGCCCUGAACCUGCCAUCCCAGUCAUCCAGAGCACGUAUGGGAUGAAGUCCGAGCCUGGUGGUGGAGGCAGCAAUGGCAGUGGGGUGGGAGCUUUGGAUCUGCCCAGCGACCCCACCAAUGGUGAUGAUGACAUGGACAUGUACGAGGACUUUGAGGAUGAGCCCAAGUCAGACUAUAGCAGCGACCACGAGACACAGGAGGCCGUCAGUGCCAACUGAGCACGCUCAGGAUGUCAGUUGUAGAAAGAGAAAAACAGAACUCCUGUUAUACUCAGAGACACUUUUUAAAAACACAGUUUAUUAAAGAGACCUUCAGGCAAACUUUCAGGACAUGUUUCAUCAUGCACUGAGCAUGCCCAGACAGGAUUCAGACUCAGCAGACAUGCUCAAAAAGUUCUUGGACAGUAACUCCAUUGAUGUCCGUUUGAAGACGACGGCUGACAGAAACAAAUGUGACUCGAGCAAACAACCCGAACAGACAUUCAGACAUCCAACUGACAAUGAACUUCAGUUUCCUACACUUUGACAAUCUUAUCAGGAGUGAUAGAGGAGAGAGAGCAAGAGAAAAUGAGAGAGUGGGACAAAGGACAAAUGAGCGACGAACACAUUGCUGUGUGGUUUGUAAAGAGCAUGCAUGGAUUUUGAAGCAUCAGGAAAAGGUCUUCAACAGCUAUUUGGUCUUAAAUGUGUAAGGAGUGAUUUAGUUUUUAUCAUUAUGUAUUUACUUUUUUGUGUUUUUGUUUCCUUUUUGUUCUUUUCUUACUGUUUUUUUUCUUUUUCCUGACAGGUCACUGCCUGUACAAACUCUGGACUGUCGGAACUUGAAAUUUGAAAAAGUUUUAAUAUAAAUCCUAGCUAUUGUAAUCUUAUAGUCUUACUUUGUUUCUUACGAAUACAGUGCAUCUACAUCUUGUUUUCUGACAAACUGCUUACAUUACAUUUUUUUUUAUAUCCCAGCUCAGGUAUGAUGUGCCAGCUUGUGAAUGUGUUUUUUUUUGUUUGUUUUUGUUUUUUGUUUUUGUUUUCAUACAAAAGAGUGGUAGGACUUUUCAGACUUUCAAUGAAAUAAAGGGAGUUAAAUCCCUUAUAUCACAUUAUUAUUAUUAUUAUUAUUAUUAUUAUUAUUAUUAUUAUUAUUAUUAUUAUUAUUUUUUUUAUUAAGGUAGGUAAGUAAGCAAGUACCCAGGCAUUGUACAGAUUUACUUGUAAUGUGCCAAACCUACAUUCACAUUUACUCGGGAUGUUGUAGUCUUAACUUCCAAUGCUGCAAAAAAGUCUUAUACAAUCAGCUUUUUCUAUCAGAUGAGAUGAGUUUCUACUCGAUAAUUGCUGGCUCCCCUCCUGGCCCAAUCACAGGCAGAGCUCAGGGAGGUUUUCAUCGCACUCGCUCAGUCAAAGACACACACACACUUCGAUCUGUGGCAGCCCCUCCAGAUUAAAGAUGUAGUGAGACGAGUUUGUUCUUCAGUUCCACUGCUUUGGUGCUUUGAUGAACCACAUUGCCCAUAGUUCCUUGAGGCAAAACAUCAGCACAUUGUGAUGUUAGUGCAGUAGGGUGAAACCAAAUGCCAAUCUUUGACAUUUGAGUCUGUCCCUUUCAACCUGGCCAAAGAUAUAGGAGUUUUUCUGGCUUAAUUUCUGCUGAGACACUUAGACUUUAAAGAGUUCUCUGUUCAUUCAGCAUCAGAGGAAAGGGGAUGAGCAGCCCCAGAAUUACCCUACUGUAGGAAAAGGUAUUCUAAUAUUCUGGAUCCCUUCACUGUAUUUUGAAUCGUGUUUUGAAUUGGUACAAAAGUGUACAAAAUGUUACUAUUUUUAUUAGCCAAUAUUUGUAAAUGUCUUCUCAGCAUCACAUGGGAGAGAUACACCAAACUUGUGUUUUAAAAAAAAGAAUUUAUAUAGUUGCAAAAUAAGAGGUCUGUUAUUUCAAAAAGGGUACCUUUUUCUACAUUGCAUGUAUAUUUUGACGUAAAUUAUUAAGAGAAGAAUGGAGGUAAAAAAGGUGCAUAGUUCUCAAUCUGCUUCUCAGUCAAACACCAGUCAGAGCAAAAAAUUUCCACAGUCUGAACUGAGAUGUUCCUCUUUCGUCUUGGUGUGGCCCAGUGGUCAGCACCAUGCUGGGUGUGCACACUUUUUCCUCUCUUUUACUCCAAUGUCACAUUCUUUCUCCGAAGACAUGUUUUGUUUUGUUUUGUUUUUUGUCGCUUUUCACUACACUGCAUUUUGAUUACUUUCAACAUCGGGGCGCUCUGGUGGUUUCUGGGCACUUUGUUUAGCUGUUAGCCGUUUCACACAUCUUCUGACUUCCUAUUUCUGACCAUAUCUGGCAGUUUUUACUUGGAAAAGCUUCACAAGCUGGGACUGAACAUUGGUUUUUGCUUGCAUCACAGUAAACAAAAAGCCUCAUGCAUAGACAUUUCUGUUAGUGUCAUACGCAUCCUAAGCACUGGAUAUAAAUUCUAUGUUUUUUUAAAGUAUUGACUAAUGUGAAGUUGUUGUUUGAUUUUCAACAUGAUAAAUUAGAACAGUCAAAAGUCACGUUUGGACUCUAUAGGAAGCCUCGUACAUGCCAGGCACAAGUAAAAUGCCAUUUCAUUAGAAGCAUUUCAUUUAUCGAAGCAAGUUUUGCUGCCGCAGCUCUCGUGGGGUCACGCCACCUCUGAUCUUUUAAAACCUCAUGCUCUUGUCUGUUGUGACCUGCAGAAGCGGGACAUAAGUUUCCUGGUCACAUACAUUUUGUGAUGAGUAUUGUAUUUGAAAUUAAAUUGUGCGUUUUAACAUUUCAUUGUAUUUAUUAGCCAGCUUUGGCUCUAAAAAGUGUCAGUACAACUUGGUGAGAAAGACAAUCAAAAAUAAAUAAAUAAAUACAAUGAAAUGUUAAA